GUGUAAAUACCGUGUACACAAUAAUAACAGUGUGUGCGUCCGUGUGCCCCGUGACCGUGCACUGUGUGUGUGUGUACCCGUGGAGGGAAUAAACCGGCGGAGGAGUCGACGGUUAAACCGCGGCCGCGGCCCACAGUGACAUCCGAUAAGUCUGACAACACAAUGCGCCGCUAUAUUAUUCUGUUAGUGCUUUCGGUCGCUUCAGCCACAGCCACCGGCCCCGGCGAGAAACCCAAAAACGAUGUCGACGACUCAUCGUUGAACAGCCUGGAAGACGUGUCCAUCAGUUGCGAGGGAUCCGAGUGUGACGGCGACGGUGACAAAUGGACGACCACUAAAAAACCGCACAUUUUUCAACUGUCCAGUAAAUCUUGUCCGGUGUUCGAGCUGCCAUCGGUUUUCCCAAGACAAUUGUGCGAUACAGACAGGCAAUGCUGGCCGAGGAUAUGUUGCGGUUAUGGCGGUAUUAAUGGCCACAAGUACUGUCGGAUACCGUUGCCCAGUUGGCGAAACGAUUUACUGAAAAGCAUUACGAAAAAGCUGAGAUCGAGCCAACCGUACUUGCAAUGCAGCCCGCCUCCGCCCAAACGGUACGAUCUUUUCCCCGGAAAUGCCGGACGACCGUUGACUGUUGGCCGGACCUUUGUUGCCCAGAAAAUGGCAAUAACAUUUGUAGACCACCCAAACAAUCGUUACAGUCUGCCACAAGUCGACGGCAACAGUUUUUUCGGUUUGGGAAAUAAAAAAACAGAAUAUUCGACUGUUGGAAAGACAGCCAUAGAAGCACAAUACUUUUCAGAGCGUCAUGAAGUGCAUCUAAGCAAUAAGUCUAGUCAUUCGGCUUAAAUAAUGAUAAUAAUAUAAAUUAUACAUUUAAUAUUAGGAUACUAUAUAAAUUAUUUUAGUAAAAAGAGAUUUUGUUUGAAAACUAUAUUCCUCCAAUAUCUUUUUUCCAUUGCAGCCGAUGCAAACAUAUUAUCUUAGUUAAUUAUUAUAAUAGCCCAAUGAUGUUAUUAAUAUUACCAAUGACGUGUCCUACUGCACUGUAAAAUUGAUAACACAAAAAAAAAUACAAUCUAUUUAAAUUAGUUCUAAUUCCAUAAUUCUAAAACUAUUAGACCACUUUUUGACAAUUUUUUUUUAUAAUUUAAACCUAUUUUUGAAAACAUUUAGAAACCUUUUAAUUUAGAAACGUUAUAAUUCAAAAAUCUACAAUUUACAAAAUUCAACUUAAUCCGAACUUCAAAAAUUGUUUUUCCAAUUAAAAUAUACAAUUUUGCUGUACAUUUUGUAUUUAGUUUUAAAUUGAAUUAUUAUACCCGAAGUCAGUUAAAACUGACCCAAGAAAACGUAAAAUGUUUAAAUUACUCAUAAUUGGUAUGAAGAUUAGAUGUAAA